AGUUAGCCAGCACAACUAGCUAGCAGGUAGCGGAGCCUGCUCCGCCAAACACCGCUAACCUCUGCUGUACAUUUGAUAGGAAGACAGUAUACAUCUCGCUAAACCUUCAGGGAUUUCGGUUAUUUACCAUGAAGAAGAUAAAAAGGUCCGUAUCCUGACGUCCACCCUGGGAUCAAUGACGGUCUGUCGCCGUGUCGGUGACUGACAUGGAUGCAAGUGACAUAAAGGAUGUGAAACUUUCAGCGGAAGUGGAACCAUUCAUCCCACAGAAAAAAGGUCUUGAAGGAUCCCUGAUCAGCAUGAGUCUUUCAGGAGAGCCGACGGGUGGAGGAGGAGGAGGUGGCGGAGGCAUGGGAGGGGGUAAUGGAGGGGUGGAAACCACUCCAAUACCUAGCUACCUCAUCACCUGCUACCCUUUUGUUCAGGAGAACCAACACAACAGGCAACAUCUUAUGUACAAUGGAGGGGAGCUGCGCUGGCAGCAGCCUAACCCAAACCCUGGUGGUCCCUACCUGGCCUACCCAAUCAUGUCCUCCCCUCAGCCACCUGUCUCCAAUGACUAUGCCUACUACCAGAUUAUGCCUGCCCCAUGUCCCCCAGUGAUGGGCUUCUACCAACCAUUCCCUGGCACCUAUGCAGGGCCAGUGCAGCCUGGGGUUGUUAACCAAGUCUCGGCAGAUGUUGGCGAAAGACCUCUGCCUGUUGGGCCCACGUAUGGGAUGGCGCAUCAACGAGGAAGAGGCAUGGUCCGGCCUAAUCUCCCAAAGCAACAGUUAAGUGUUUGCCAGUCUCCGAGGGGUCGCCAUCCUCCACCCAGGAAUGUAGUAGUCCAGAAGGAGGUGUGCAGCAUAGGCCCUGAUGGGCGAACUAAGAAAGUCCUACUGGUGGAUGCGGCUCAGCAGACAGAUUUCCCAGGUGAGGUGUCCGGGCGGUGUACUGCAGAGCAGGCCAGUCCCCUGCUGUGGAAGAACCGAACAAAGAAGCGACGUCCAUCCAAUCCGUCUGAAAGCUACAGUGAUCAGGGCACAAGUGAGGCAGAUAUAGACAGUGACAGUGGCUAUUGUAGCCCCAAACAUAACCAGGCAGCAGGAGUAACACAGCGAACAGUGGAGACCUCCGCAACAUCCACGGGUGUUGAGACUGGUGUAAUGACAACAGGUACAUGGGUAAAUGUAGCCUCUCAGGCUACCCAGAAGUCCUGGGGGGACAGGAAUGGCCAGUUCCACAGAGCAGACCACAGGAAGAAUCCUGAACAGAGGAACUUCUCACCGGAUUUUCAUAGUGGCUGUCGUGGGCGUGUUCUACCAAGCCAGGCAGAACAAAGCCUGCAGCCAGUGGCGGUCACAAAUGACGAGCUUACUCCAGAACCCCUUUACUUUGAGGAUGAAGAUGAGUUCCCAGAUUUACCCACUGGAGGUGCUACCCAGCGUGUCACAAAAGUGGAACCAACUCAAGCCCAGAUGCAUAUGCAGCCCAAACUACAUAAAAACCUGCUAGAAAACCUACCCGAAAACUCCCCUAUCAACAUUGUGCAGACACCAAUCCCAAUUACCACAUCUGUUCCCAAGAGGGCCAAGAGCCAGAGGAAGAAGGCCCUGGCUGCUGCCUUGGCCACUGCUCAAGAGUACUCUGAGAUCAGCAUGGAACAGCAGAAAUUACAGGAGGCCCUCACCAAGGCAGCAGGCAAGAAGAGCAAAACUCCUGUCGAGCUGGACUUGGGAGACAUGUUGGCAGCUUUGGCUAAACACCAGCAGGCGAUGAAGGCCAGACAACUUAACAAUACCAAGCCAUUAUCUUUUACAGUUGGAACAACUGCUCCGUUCCACAGAUCUGGCUCAACCAACUUGGCAGUCAUGUUGAAGGGUCAACAACCACACUUGGGCUCCUCUAACACUUUGGAUUCCACUGCUCCUCGUAUAAAACGAGGGAAGGAGCGAGAGAUCCCCAAAGUCAAGCGGCCAACUGCCCUUAAGAAGAUUAUUUUAAAGGAGCGAGAAGGAAAAAAAGGCAAAACAAGCAUAGACCAAGAGUCAUCAGGCCAAGAAGAGCAUGAUGAUGAAGAUAGUUUACAUUUUACUGAAGAUCUAUCCCAAGAACCUGCCUCUCAAGAAGAAAAUGGUCUCAGUGUACCCAGCGACACAUCGCUCUCCCCCGCCAGUCAGAAUUCUCCAUACAGCAUCACCCCAGUAUCCCAGGGUUCUCCUUCAAGCUCUGGCAUCGGGAGUCCCAUGGCUUCUAACGCAAUCACAAAAAUCCACAGUCGACGUUUCAGAGAGUACUGCAACCAAGUCUUGAGCAAGGAGAUAGACGAGAGUGUGACGCUGCUGUUACAGGAACUGGUCCGCUUCCAAGAACGUGUCUACCAGAAGGACCCCAACAAGGCCAAGUCCAAACGCCGCCUGGUCAUGGGUCUCAGGGAGGUCACGAAGCACAUGAAGUUGUGUAAGAUAAAGUGUGUCAUUAUUUCUCCCAACUGUGAAAAGAUCCAAGCCAAAGGUGGCUUGGAUGAAGCUCUGUACAAUGUAAUUGCCAUGGCCCGAGAGCAGGAGAUUCCAUUUGUGUUUGCUUUGGGGAGAAAGGCUCUCGGACGCUGUGUCAACAAACUGGUCGCCGUUAGUGUCGUUGGCAUCUUCAACUAUUCAGGAGCUGAGGGUCUUUUUGACCGUCUAGUGUCGUUAACCGAAGAGGCUAGGAAGGCCUAUAAGGAAAUGGUGUCAGCUCUGGAGCAAGAGAAAGCAGAGGAGGCUCUGAAACAUGACAAGAAAGUCCCACGCCACAUGGGACAUUCACGCAACCAUUCUGCAGCUUCUGCUACCUCCUUUUGCUCUGUCAUCUCGGAGCCCAUCUCUGAGGUCAAUGAAAAGGAGUAUGAGACCAACUGGAGAAGUAUGGUGGAAAAUUCAGACGCUCCAGAGCCAGUGGAGCCUGAAAUAACUCGCCCUUCACCUUCCGUAGCCCACCUCAGAGACAGUGAGACCCCAGUGGUUACCACAAGUGCUGCCCCGCUCAGCGGAAACACUGUACCACAGAGAGCCGGGCUUCCCACACACGGUAACGGGGAGAGGGACGAGGUCCGCGCUGAUGACCGCCUGGAGCUUGCCUCUCAGCAGAGCACAGAGACAGGCUCGCUGGAUGGCAGCUGUAGGGGCCCGCUGAACUCUUCCAUCACCUCCACUACAUCCACCCUGGUCCCCGGGAUGUUGGAAGAGGCAGAAGAGGAGGACGACGAGGAAGAGGACUACACACCCGAGCCUAUUUCAGAGGAGGUGCCCACCCUCAGCAGCCGCAUCGAGUCGUGGGUGUCAAAGACUCUGGAGAACCUGCAGCUGGGAAAUAGCCAGGACAGUACAGAGGAGGAGGAAGAUGAGGAAGAGGAGGAAGAAGAGGAAGAGGAGAGAGUACAGAGCGAGGACGAGGAGGGCUUCGUUACAGCUGAUAUACCAGAUAUGAAGGUGGAGAGCAAAGAGCAGGCCAAGAAGGUCACAGCCUGAUUUCACUUCUCAUCCUCACCUACUAUUUCACUCUUUCUGUCACAUGUACUCAUCCCAAAACCCAGAAGCUGUUCUCCUUGCAUCACCAAGCUCUGACACCAGACCUAAUCUCAGGUAUCGUCACGACAGACCUACACAAACAUGGUCAGAGACCAAACGGCAGCAGGUUUUUUUUUGUCAUCCCCCUCCUGUACAGCCUGCAACACUUGAAUUUGGAAGAAACUUUUUUUUUUUUCAAUUUUCCUCAUCCGAAGUUGAACUCUCUCUCUGGAGAGUCAUUUCCGGGAGAAGUUUUAAGAAAAGUGGCGAACCAGUGAUCCACCGCUCCCAGUGGAAGGGAUGUUGCAACUUUUCCACUUCUGUCUUAAUUUAACGCAGACAGCUGUGUGUGUGUGUGUGUGUGUGUGUGUGUGUGUUUACAGCCACAUAGCUUACACUACAUUGCUGUGUUCAUUAGCUUUACCUUUGUACAUAAUGAGUUUGUUACCAUUUCUUUCUCACCCUCACUGCUCCAUGAGGGAGGGAGGGAGGGAGGGAGGGAAGGAAGGGUUGUUUUUUUUUUUUGUUUUGUUUUGUUUUUUAAUUGCUUGGCUGCUGUUUAGUUUUACCUACAGUAUCUGUGCUUUAAUGUUUAAAUAACUGGUGUUCCACUCUCUACAGAUAAUUAAGAUGAAUUAACUUCUAAGAAGCCGUGUUUAGAUGAACUGGUUUGUCCUAUUGAUCUUGUGUUGUUUUUUCCUGUCUUCAGCUCUUGGAGGCUGUCACUGUUUCAUAAAAACUGUUGCCGUUUGUCCUCUCUAGAGCUUUCUACUAAAGGAGUUGUUCCAACUUGUUUCUUAGGAAGGCUGGGUAAUGGUCUAAUAUUGUCUUAAUACACUGCAUUUAUUAUGUCAUUCAUUCAAAACCAUCCAUGUAGUUGUGUCAAAUACUGGCUAUGUGGUCUUAAGGCAGAUAGAAUUCUAAAAAUGACAAAACAGUAUUCUUUUAAAAGGCAUCCAGUUAUUACCAUUACCACGGUAGGGACACAGCUUUACAAUAACGCCUCAUAACUCCCAAGUGUGUGUACAAGAGAUGAUUCUAUAUAUGUAAAAAAUAAAUAAAAAUGACCCUCUUCGUAAAGCAUUUUGACAUGUUACAAUUCUGAAUCUAAUCAAGUGAUGUUUAAAUUAAAUAGAGUAAUGACAUAGUAUUGUAAUUUCAUAAAGGGUACGCUUUUGUCUGCCUUUUUUUUUUUUGCCAUGACAUCAAAAGUGUUUCAAAGUAUGUUCAUUGACUACAAGGGUGUAUUUUUGCACUAUGUACAUACAGUACUGGAAGAGGUCUUGUGAUCAGUAUGAGCAAAAACAAAAUGAACAAAAAAAAAACGGUUCAAUGAAGUACUUUUUCAGUGUGGUCUAUGUCUUUAUAUAAAUAUUUAUGACUGUCUUCUUGACUACAUCACUAGCGACAUUGUAAAAGGCUAUUUGUCAUAACAUACCUUCUCACUCCUAAAGUAUAUGGACUGAUGAUUAACAUUAUUAAAAUGUUGUUUAAGUAA